AUGGCGCUCGCACUCUCCAUCUUGCUGCUCGUUAUUCUAACAAACGUUCUUGCGUGGAUAGGCCAUGCCGUCCUCCUCGACGCGGCAUACGCUCUCUAUGCUCGAAUUGUAGAUAAUGCAGGUUUCAGCGAGCAAAAGCAGCUAAAGGCCUCGAUCCUCGAGCUCAAGUAUGACCUAGCACAUACCAGCGCACAGGACGAGUUUGCAAAGUGGGCAAAGCUGCGGAGACGACACGACAAGGCAAUGGCAGAUCUCGAGAAACUCAAUACGCGUCUCGGCGCGUCCAAAUCGUCGUUUUCCUCCAAUUUCAACUGGUUCCUCUGGUUUGCAACGACUGGAGCACAGUUUGUUCUCGUUUGGUGGUAUCGACGAGAGCCUGUUUUCUUCUUGCCCCCAGGAUGGUUGGGACCGAUGGGAUGGUUCCUGUCGCUUCCAUCGGCUCCAAGUGGCUCGGUGAGCGGCGCAGCCUGGCAAAUGGCAUGUCAGAGGGUGGUAAAGAUGGGCGAGCGAUUCGUCAAGGAUCUUCUUGAACCUUCACCCGAGCAGGCAGGACCUGCAGAUGCGAGUGCAACAAAUAAAACCAAGCAAUCAUAG